AUUAGUUCAACAGAAGGGCAGCCUCUACUCUUUAUGGCAUCAAACAGGAAGUGCUGAGCAAGAAAAUCUCUCAUCAAGGCUACAAGAGGAAUUGAUGGCAAAGUGAAAUGUUAAAACUGAACAGUGAAACAGCUGCUAAGAAGAAACAACGCUAGAUCAUUGCAGCCCUUUGACCAAAAGAAUUCAGCCCAAUGUGGGGAGAGGUCUUCCGGAUUUCCUUUCACCAUGCAGUCUGUGCUUAGGCUCUUAAUCUUCUUUGUUGUCCUAAGAAUAGAUAAUGCCAGACAUGUUCCUCUUGAGUGUGAGGUUUGCAAUGCCACUUGGAGAUUGUGCUCUAGCCCUAAGCAAAGGUGCCCUGUUAAUAAAGAUGUCUGUGCUGUUACUUACACGGUCGAAUAUAUGGAUAUAGGUCCAUUUGUAGCCACAGCGAAAAGCUGUGAAAGCAAGAACAUCUGUAAUUCUCCCAUCAUUGAGAUGUAUGUGCAGGAAGGCUUCUACAAAAAAAUUUUAGUUUGUUGUAGAGGGGACUACUGCCGUAACCCAUUUGCAUAUCCAGAGAUGCCUAAAUACAAUGGAAAACGUUGUCCUUCAUGCUAUUCUAUCGAAACAAAAUGUCAUGAAAGGAGGAUGGAUUGCGUGGGGGAAAAUAGAUACUGCUUUCAAAUGGACGUUUAUUUACAAUUCUAUGUAAAUUCCCGCGGCUUUAACAUAACUGUUAAGGGCUGCACUACUAAGCAUGUCUGUGGUUUACUAGCUGCGGGUCAGUCUCCGAUUUGGAGCCAUUAUUCAACUCUUCUAAAUGGAAAAUGUGAGCUAGGACAUUCUAAGGAAUUGAAUUCAGCCAGCUGCUCCGUGGCAAGCAUCUUUUGGCUCCUGUUGUUGAAGAUCUUUCUCUCUGUGUAAAAGACCGGAUCCACUCUAACAUUCAGCUGUACCUCCUUUUCACUUCCAUGUCAAUCUCUCUAAUGCAAGCUGACCUGUAGGAUUUUCUGCUUUCUUCAGUGAAAAUAAACACAAGUGUGUCAAAAAUGUAAUAGAAAA